AUGAAACUCACUCUGGCCCUCAUCUACAGUGCAGCCCUGCUAUUCGAUACAAGCCGCGCAGCCCAGUUCCAAAACUUCUACCCCUUCUACCGAACCACCUUAACCACCGAGCGACCCGACUGCCACGCAUACUACAAUGCCUCCCUCGCCGCCCAUAACACCUCCGAUCCCAACACCUGCAAGCACAUGGCCGAGUGCCUGCUCGAAGGCGCCGGGGAGGUGAACAAAGGGGAUUGGGCCUCGGCGACGGUGCUCCUGGGCCUCACCCCGUCGAUUCUGGGCACGGUGGCGCCGACGAUCGAGGAGCGGCUGCAGCUGCUCCGCGAGCGGCCCAUCCUAGGAUUUCUGAGCAUCCUGGCCGCCCCGUCCCUGACGUUCGCAAGGCCCUGGGUCAAGCCCGACCAUCCCGGCGACCAACAGACCACGUGGCUGCGCCAGUAUACUGCCGGCAGGAAUCCCAACGUGUACCGGAGUGUGGUGCAAUAUCUCGCGGUGGCGCUGGCCGCGGCCAACGUGCUGGAGAACGCCAUCCGGCUCGGCAGCCAGACGAUCAUCAGCUGGAAAUGCAAUGUGGGUCUUCUGGAGUUGGCGUGGGUGCUCCUCGCGCCGGUGCCAUCUCUCGUGAUGCUGGUUCUGCCACCUCUCGUGGCGCUGGCAAACUCCUGUCUCGCGGUACUGGUGAACUGCCUGGGCAGGUCGCCUUCCAGGGAGCAUUCGGACACGGCAGCAGGGACUCCCACGGUUGAUCAUGAUAAAAUCGUCGACCCCGGCGAAGGGUUUUACAAUGGGUUGGCGAACAUCUGCGGGUUGGUGCAUGUGGUGUAUGGAACAAUCGUGCUCUCCUCCGUGCAGUUCAUCGGCACCUUGGACGCGCUCGGCGUGGUGGGGCGGUUCACAGCCUCUGCACUGGUGGCGCAGUUCAUCACCAUGACCCAGCUCUAUGGCGGGUCUGGCACGAAGGAGAAGUAG